AUUGCCUAAAUGUGACUUGCUGCUGAACAACAUAUGUGAAGUGUUCAACAGGUACAUACUUGAUGCUAGAGAACUACCAAUAAUUACUAGCCUGAAGAAGAUCAAAGAUCAGGUUAUGCUUAGGUAUUUUAGCAAGAGGAAGGAACUAGAAGAAAUGUGUGGCAACAUUUGUCCCAAAAUUAGGAAAAAGCUGGCCAAAAACAUUGACUUUGCAACCAAUUAUGAAGCUCUUCCGUCUUUGGAAAAUCUUUUCAAAGUAAAGGGUUUGCGUGGUGAAUAUGAGGUGCGCAUAGACAAAAUGGAGUGCACAUGUAGGGCCUGGCAGCUAUCAGGAAUCCCCUGUAGACAUGCUUGUGCAGCUUUUAGGCAUGAAAGGAUAAAGCCGGAAUCAGCAGUCCACAAGUGCUACAGCUUAGAUGCAUUCAGAGCAGCUUAUGGUGGGGCCAUAAUGCCAUGCGGUGAUCCCAAAAUGUGGAAGAAAAUGAAUGGUCCUGAAAUGAGGCCACCUAAAUUUGACAAACAAAUUGGUAGGCCUAGUAAAAAGAGAAGGAAAAGUCCACUAGAGGAGGAAGGUGGCACAAGGCUUAGCAGGCAUGGCAUAAUUGGCCACUGUGGUGUGUGCAAUGAGCCUGGCCACACCAAAAGGAAGUGCCCAGAACUUGGUAGAGCUGCAGGACAACAAGCAGCCGCACCACAUGAAGCACCACCAGCUGCAGCAAAAUAUGCACCACAGGAAGAACCACCAGCUGCAGCACAAUAUGCACCACAGGAAGCACCACAACAUGCACCAGCUACAGCACAACAUGCACAACCUCCAAUGAAAAUGCCAGUGAAAAGAAAGAGUAGUGCCAAGAAAAAGAUAGUACACCAGAUGGCUACAAGUGCAACAGCUAGUAUUGUGGAAUCUGCAAUGAGUUACAGUGUCACGUCAUCUAGUGUGAUUCAUGUUCUACAGGAACAAGCAAUAGCAACACAACAAUCUCAAACUGCACCACCAGGUCCUCUACCCGAGAGUCAAUUCAUUGCCAGCUGCAGAGAUGAGCUCCCACCUCCAAGACCACCUACCAAAACACUUGGUUUAAAGAAGAAAAACAAGCAGCAAGUGUCAAAGAAGAAAGAGAACCAAGUCCCAGAUGUUUAGUUGAGGGAAUGCUAGUUCAUAUUUUGGAGAUGUUUUAUCUGUAUAUUUUGGAUAACUUGCGUUCAUAUUUUGGCUUGGUUUGACAGAAACCUGAUGCUCAUGUGUAGCUCUGGUUUCAAUCAAACCGUCUAAGUGCAAACUUGUUUACAGUGCACUUGUGCUGGCAGUUGUUUAUUUUGGCUGAAACAAGACGAUAUUGUAAACUCUCGAGUCGAUCUCGAUCUAUUAAGUUAUUAUCUUGUGUUGUAA